AUGGAGAUGGACAUAGACCAGGCUGUGGCUGGAGCGGACGCCGAGCUCGACUUGGAUAUUGCACCCGUAUACGACUACGUCCGGCUGAGGGGCGAGUGGGUCAAGUUCCUGUCACGUUGCCUUUCCUCCCGCCUCGAUGCCGACACCUUCGAGAGCUACAUACCCCUAUUGUACGCCAGGUACCCGCUCAACUCGGCCACCAUCGCCGACGUAUUCCUGCGGCCCCAGCCCACCAACAGCGAGAGCCUCGACCCUCGCAUUCCCCGCUACGUCCAAGUGCUCUUCCACCACAAGCUCGUCGACACCCCUUCUAUACUCAAGGCCUUGUACCAAUACUCGACCUCGCACACCCAGGCCCAAAAGGCCGGCAAUGCCGUCCCCCACAAUUCGGCCGAUGUGGCAUCGCUGCGGUGGGAGAGCUCUUACGCUUCCGAGGAGGUCAUCUUUUACCGCCUCACGAAGGCGGUUGGCCAGGGAACCGGCCUCAAGAACACUAACGACGCCCUCGAGACCUGCAAACUGAUGGCCAAGUGGAUGGCGUUAUUCACAUCGGCCUCGGCAGCCUUCGCUCAGGACGUCAUGGGUCAGCUGCAGAGCCCACAGUCUAGAGACGAGAUGGAGGCGGCUCGAGCAGCCUUUGUAAUGCUUCUCCUUAGCAUCUGCGAAAGCCAGACCGUCUUGAGCGCUCUUAGUCGCCCCGUAGCUAGAGAUGCGCGAAGAGCACUAUCUAAGAGCCUGGCUAGCUUUGUCCCCUCGAUCCUCCAGAGCGCAUCGCAGAUUGCGAGCCGGCUGGAGCUGUUCCGUACCGAGACCCUCGCGUCGUUUGAACCGGCCAACAAGAAGAAAGAGACCGGCAACCCGGGAAUCGACGAUCUCCUAGAGUCGACGAUGGCUCUCGAUAAUUUUUCCGUGACCGAGCUUCCAACCGUAAAUUCUCGGGCCGGUUUGUAUAUCUACUUGAACGCCGCUCUUGUUGGUCGACCGCUUAUAGAUGAUGCUACGCUCUUCAAUUAUUUGCAUAACCGAUACCAGGGAGACGUGCAAUCUACCGCGAUCGACCUCAUCCUUGCCUCGUUCGACGUUCUUGCGAAUAACGUAUUCCGCAACGAGAACCAGCAGGGAGGCCAUCUUCUGCGCUCCUAUUUAAUUAACAAGCUACCUUUACUUCUUGCGCAGCUCGAACCGUCCAUGUUUCCCUCCUUGACACCCCAAUACUGCAUCACCGAGGCGCUCAGUCAGGUGGAUACUAAUGCGUUUCCCACUCUGUCUGCCAUGUUCGACGACACAAACAAUAACAACACCUUCACGGACAGUGUUCGCCAGGACUUUUGUUUUGCUUGUUGUCUCCACGGUCUGAUCCCGGAAUCUAGUAUUGAGGGGUUGCUAGGCGAAAUAACUUACCAGACGCUACCGCAGGCGGGCCGGUGCGUGAAGGAACACCUGGUCGAGGGAUGUAUGGGCGACCCGGAAAAAAUUCAACGCCUAAUCGGCGAGCUGGACAACAUGGACGGCAAUGUGGGGGCAGUCUGUCAAGCCCUGGCCGAGGUGAUCGGUCGUCUCUGCAAUAACAAGGAGACGAUGACCUUGAAGCUUCUGUGUAGCCAGCUCGCGAAGAAGCCGCUGUCGCUGGACGUGAUGCUCCUCUUCGACAAGCCGAUAACGAUGCUGCAACCACUCUGCGAGCUGCUGGACAAUUGGCGGUUCGAGGAAGAUCAAGGAGAGUACCAACCUGUUUACGAAGAGUUCGGGGCUGUGCUGCUGCUCGUGCUGGCUUUUGUCCACCGGUAUAACCUCUCACCUCUGGAUCUCGGCAUCCGCACUCCGGACUCCUUUGUCGGGAAGCUGCUCAGCAGCGGCCAGCUCAGCAAGCCCUUCGAAGACUUGACAGAGAAGGAGAAAGGCCACCUCAACAGGUGGAUCCACGGCCUCUUCGAUACAGAAUCCAGCGGGCUUACCGACGAAUUGCUGUCUCAGUGUUCGCCGCAGGAUUUCUACCUGCUUGUCCCUACCUUAUUUUAUAACAUCGUGCUGGCAUUUAGCACGAAUUACCUCGACGAAGAAAGCUUGAAGACUGGCGUCGAAUACCUUGUGAAUACCUUUCUCCUCCCCUCCCUCGUACCGGCGCUCAUAUACAUGUCGAAUCACCUCUGGACCGAGUUGAACCAGGGUCACGAGCAGAGAGCCAUCAUCAGGAUUCUGCAGCUAAUCCUCCUGACAAAGCAGGGGUCGAGCGAGGCCCAGGCCAUGCUCUCGGCCGUCGUGAACAUAAUCGCGAUUCCCUUGGAGUAUUCGUUGAGAUCUUAUCAGCGUCUCGACCCUAAGAGCCAGUCGAUAGAACCUCUGCUAAAGGCUAUGAAGGACAACAUCCGGCUGUCCCGCCGAACGGGCGGUGCUGCUAAUAACGAGCUCGAGAUGUGGACCGGUACGGCGAACGGCGGGUUGGCGGCAGCGAUCCGGAGUACGUUUCAAGGUUUCGUCUCCUGGAGCGUCGAUCCCGCGCUGAAUACCAUGCCCACGUCAUACACGCACCGGCAGGUUCUCGCCGCUUUGCAGAUCCUGGGUGCUAAGCGACUUUUGCACCUGAUUCUAGAGGAAGUCAAGGCGCACACGGAGAAUGAGCGAGGAAGCGUAGCGCACGACGUGGCGACGGCGCUCAUAUGCGCGCCGGACGUGAGCAAUUUGCCACCACCGGCGGAAUUGGCGAUGCUCGUGGACCCGAACCAUCCAAUAAUGCCGCCGCAGCGUCGACUCUCGCUGCGAGCGGUGCUAAAGUCGGAGGCGGAGGACUGCAAGAUGCUCCAGAAAUCGGACCUGGCGAUGGCAGAGAUCGUGGUCCGGUUGCACCGGAAAGUGGAGGCGCAGCUGCUGAUACCCCCGCCCGCCGACCAGAUGCUUCAGGGGGGCCUGACGCUGGGCCUGGACGGGAAUGCGGCCGGGCUAGGCGACGCGCUCGCGGCGGCGCAGAACGACGGCCUGGUGGUGGACGACGGGAACAUGAACCUCGACCUUGGCGGCGGCAGCGGCAACGAGAUGGGACUCGGCAGCGGGGCGGACUCGAACGGCGGGCUCGACUUCGGAACGGACGACGGCAUGUUCGGUGGGCUGGGGACGGGUGGGAGUAGCGCGGACCUGCUCGAAGGCUGGGAUCUGACUUAG